AUGGCAUCGACAUCAAACCAAACCAUUUCAACUUUUCAGUGCCCAAUCACUUCUAAUUUUGAUCCAACAAACAUUACCCAUCUCCCAUCAUCGGUCGUCCCAACGUGGAUUUCUCUAAUUACCAUCAACAUCGUCACCUCUCCGCCGAUCGUCCUCAUCAAUUUUCUUGUGAUCUGGACCGUACUGGAAAAUGAACAGCUCAGAUCUAACAGUUACUACCUCUUGGUGGCCAUCCUGUCGCUUAGCGAUCUUCUGGUAGGACUCGUUGUACAACCGCCGUUUGUUGCUUUGCUAGUCUGUAUCACAGUCCAGUAUUCUUUCCUAGUAUGUAAGCUGACCGUAGCCUUUUCGAUUUUUGUGUUACUUUGCAUCUCAUGGACAGUUGUUACCAUGGCGAUCGUCAGCUUGGAAAGAUACCUUUACAUCGAGCAUCCCCUGUACUAUCAAGCUUCAGUCACCACCAAGAAAAUGAUUAUAGUAACGGCAGCUGCCUGGGUUGUGACGGGGACAGCAGUCGUGACAAAUAGAUUCUUGGUGAACAACUCCUUGGUGAGGCAGCUUCCUUUUCUUCUGACUAUUGGUCCCAGCUUCGUCAUCAUCUUAUGUUGCCUCACCAAAAUACACCUGACGGCCUUUCGACAGAUGAGAACCAUCGUCGCCCAGCAGCAAUCGGUAGCCCAACAAAGUAAGAUCAAGGAAUACAAGCGUACUUUCACUUUAGGCUUGAUUGUGCUUGCAUCCGUGGCUUUUUUGUGUCCAAUGUUGGUUUUGAAAAUCGUAGAAGCUGUGAAGGGCAAUAAUUGGAGUGAUGAGUUCAAAUAUCUUCCUCAUGUUAUAUAUCUCACUGCCGCCCACUUGCAGUCCCUCAUCAACCCUAUCAUCUAUUCGCUUCGUCUUUUCGACAUCCGUUCAGGCGUGCCUAAAAAACUUYGUUACAAUCGCCAAUGA